AGGACGCGACGCACCCGGAAGCGCCAGCGGGGCAGCGCGUCGCCAUAGGAACGUCCCCUCAGGCCGCCAUGGGGCUGUGCAAGUGCCCCAAGCGCCGCGUCACCACGCUCUUCUGCUUCGAGCACCGCGUCAACGUCUGCGAGAGCUGCCUGGUCAGCGCCCACCCCAAGUGCAUCGUGCGCUCGUACCUGCAGUGGCUGCAGGACAGCGACUACAGCCCGCAGUGCCCGCUGUGCCAGGCGCCGCUGGGGGACAGGGACACCGUGCGCCUGCUCUGCUACGACGUGUUCCACUGGCCCUGCCUGUCGGGGUGGGCUCGGGCGCUGCCCCCCCGCACGGCCCCCGCCGGGCACCGCUGCCCCCAGUGCGGGGGGGCGCUGUUCCCCCCGCCCAACCUGCAGGGCCCCGUGGCCGAGGCGCUGCGGGCGCGGCUCCGGACGGCGGCCUGGGCCCGGCCCGGGCUGGGACUGCCAUUGAUCGAGGACUCAGAGGCGCCGCCGGAGCCUGAGACGUGCCCGGAGCCAGACAGGGGCUGGGACGUCCCCGUGACCCCCCCGGAGCCCCCCCCAAGCCCCCCCAGCCCCCACGCCGUGGUGCACAUGGGGGGAGGGGAGACCCCGACGCUGCACGCGGGCUCCGCCCCCCGCAAGCCCCUGGGGGGUCGCGAGCCCUGGAGCCCCCCCGACCACGAGGAGGAGAAAAAAUAUCGGAGGAGACCCCGGGCGUGGCUGCCCCCGGGGUUCAGGUGCCGCCCCCGCGCGCUCUCGCAGCGCCCCCUGCUGGCGCUGUGCCUGGGCGGGGCCGCGGCCUUCGCGCUGCUCCUGAUCCUAUUGGCCAGCCUGGCCAGGGGCGUGGCCGACGCCGACCCCGCCCUCGAGCCGCUCAACAACCCCCAUGUGCGGGUGGGGCACUGACCACGCCCCCGCUGGGGGCGGGGCUUCCGCGGGGGGGCGGGGCAAAUAA